AUGCUUAGCUUCGUCCCGAUGGACUUGAAGACAUGCUGCCAGAAGGCGGACACGAACUUCCUGUCGCGGUCGGAGACGAUAUUCGUCGGCAUGCCGUGUAACUUCCAGAUGUUGUCGAUAAAGAGUCGAGCAACACCUUCGGCGUUCACCUUCUUGAUAGAGUCGACGCCCCGCUCCGUUCGCGGCAGAUCAGUGAUGAAGUCCAUGGAGAUGGAUCUCCAACGCUCGUCUGGGCCGACAGCGACAAACUUCUGGAUGGACCUCAACAUCUUUGAGCAGUACCAAUGGCGCGCCAGUGUCAAGUACGUACGUUCCGCACCGGGAUGGCCUCCGUAG